GAUUGUCAAUCUGGUCCACCACCAGAGCGAUGCUUUAGCUCUGUAUAGUUUAGAAUAGAGCUCUACAUAUUAUCUAUCAAUAUGUCAAACGUUAUUACUUGCUUAUUUCGGUUUCUGUCACUAGUCAUAUUUUGGAAUUAUGUGGAUGCCGCAGUGAACGGUGGUUGGUCGGGCUGGUCAGCGUGGAGUGGCUGUGCAGCCGGCAUUUGCGCGGGAAACCAGCGUAUUCGAACAAGAACUUGCACCAAUCCCAUACCAAGUGAAGAUGGAAAGUACUGCGAUGAAGGAGACAGCUCGGAACAAAAGGACUGCAUGAUUGACGGCGGUUUCACAGAAUGGAGUCAGUGGUCUCUCUGUGAGAACCCGUGCGGGGGAUCCAUAGUCAACAGGACCAGAGCUUGCACUAACCCUACUCCCAGCCCGGACGGGAAACCAUGUUCCGGAGACACACUUGAAACCAAGUUGGAAUGUAUUUGGCCGUGCCCAACUGGACCUGUUGACGGUGAAUGGAGUUCUUGGACUCCGUGGACCCAGUGUGCCCAAACAUGUGGAAUAUCAGGAGGAACCAUUUUGAAGAGAACAAGAUUGUGCAAUCAACCACCCCCAAUGAAUGGCGGGAAAAACUGUGUUGGUAACGACACAGAGACGGCGAGAUCUUGCUUCACACCUUGUCCAGUUGAUGGCGGUUUCGGUUUGUGGUCUGCUUGGACAACAUGUAGUAAGACGUGUGGGACGGGUUCCCGGUCUAGAAGCAGAGCCUGCAAUAACCCGACUCCUGCUAACGGAGGACAGAACUGCACUGGGGACUCCACUCAGGCGAAGAGUUGUAAACUCACAUCAUGCCCUGGUGAGAAAUAUAGAAAGUUGCAUUUGGAUGCUUGAGUUUCCUUUUAA